AUGGCGCGACGUUGCAGCAGCGCCGGCGGAGGCUUGAAGUGCGGGCAGCUGCAGAGGAGAAGCCGGCGGAGCCGAGGGUGCGAGCGGCCAGGGCGGGAGCGGGCUGAGGGAGGCUGCUCGCGCCGGGAGCGCCGGGACAGGUGCGUGGUCGCCCUCUCACCGGGCCCGGCGCUACUCCAGCAAGCUGCCGGGCGGUCCGCUCCCCCCGGCCCUCUCCCUCGAGCUCCCGGAUUCCCCCUGAGAGAUGGGCCCGGCUCGUGCCGGCGUGGGGGUCGGGCUUUUUCUCUCCCCGGGAGACCGGGCUGCGGCAGGUUUCCCCUGGGCGAGAGGGAAGUCCCUGUGGGCUCAGUCCCCCGCGCACCCGAAGGGCACGUGGAGUCAUUGGCUUUGGCGUUGAGGCAGCAAGCGUGCUCUGGGAGCAGCUGGUGCUGGGGACAGUCCGUUGACAGAUGA